AUGCCAUCACAGAACCAUUUACUGGUUCUCGUUGGCGGUGGGCAUGGAUCUGGUAAACAUGAUAUAAGCAAUCUUCUCCAAAGGCAGUUAAACAGUUUACGCUCAGAACCCUUUAAUAAAGCAUUUCCAAUUUUAGUCAGAGAGAUUGAUUUGAUAGAAUAUGACAAAUAUCAUAACAAUCUGUCAGAAAAAGAUGGUGACAGCGAAGAUAACGACUCUUACAGUCCUCUGAGGUUUGAUUUUGAAAAGCUGGUAGGAGAUCUUGAUACGGAUGCAUUUUGGAACACAUUAGAACAGAGGGGUAAUUUGACUGAGUCUGAAUCUGGUGAUGUUGCUAUUGAUAAAGACCAGGAGUUAAAUGGCCCUGUAAACCCUGCUGCUGUCACCCCCAAUACCAUUCCUGAGAAAACACCAUUAGUCGCCAUUCUUACUGGUCCCUAUGCCCUCUAUGAUUCAAGAAUUCGAGAUAAGGCUAUAAUGAAAGUUUAUGUUGAUGUUGAUGCAGAUACAAGACUCUCACGCCUAUUAUUACGAGAUGUGAAGCCUGACAAUUCGAACCUUUCACUUCUGAUUGACACAUACCUAAACCACCUUCGCCCAGAAGUGACAGAAUUUGUUGAGCCUACUAAACAGUAUGCUGAUGUUAUUCUCACCAAACCAUCCAGUGCCGAGGGCGGAGAAUAUGGUGUAGAGCUCAUUGCAACCGGAGUAUAUGACCGGAUCAAGGCAGAGUCCUAUAAUAGCUUGGAUUCUAACACUGGUACUCUUACCCUUGGUAAACAUGUAACUCAGAACUCAUACCGCUACCGCCGUGAGUCGUUUGUAGAACAGCAUGAAAGUUAUUAUAGUCUCAAUUAA